AUGAGUCGAUCUGGAAAUGAGGCCAGGCUGGCCAUCCGUGAUGUGAAAGACAGCGACGCAGGGGUGUACGAGUGCGAUGCAGGAUCGUUUGUUUGGCGCAAAGGACCUGAGACGCUAAAGUCUAGUGAGAAGUACUACAUGAGACAGAGGAAAUCUUGCAUUUCUCUUACAAUACACAAUCUGAAGCCGGAAGACUCUGGGAAUUACAUAUGCAUUUGCAGAGAACAAAAAACUAUGGCUACAGUUAUAGUCAAUGCGGUUCCUAUAUCAUUUGUUAAAGAGCUCAAGAACCAAGAGACAGAGGAGGGUAAAAAUGUGACAUUACGCUGUGAGCUUUCUAAAGCUGGAAUCCCUGUGGAAUGGUUGAAAGAUGAACAAACUCUCUGUCCUGGCGAAAAGUAUCAGAUGAGACACAUAGUCACCAUACUAGAGCUGGUAAUCAGAAAUCCAGUGCCUGAGGACAGUGGAACGUACAUCUGUGUGUGUGAAGAUCAAAGGACCAAAGCCAUUAUCAACAUACGAACUCAACCCAUCACGUUCAAACAGAAGUUGAGAAAUCAAAUAGCUGAGGUGGGAAACAGUAUAAUCUUACAUUGUGAGAUAUCCAAACCAGACACCCCUGUUGAAUGGAGAAAGGGGAACAACCUGCUCAAGUCUGGAGAGAAGUACAAGAUCAGGCAGAGAGGCUGCAUGCUGGAGCUGAAGAUUUUCAAUUUGACCCAAGAGGAUAGUGGAGUCUAUAGCUGUACAAGUGAAACUGCCCAGACAUCAGCCAACAUUACUGUUUGUGCUCAACCUGUCACUUUCAAAGAGAAGCUGAAAAACCUGGUAGCAGAAGAAGGGAAGAUGAUAACAUUGCAUUGUGAGCUUUCCAAAACCGGUGUCCCAGUCGAAUGGUGGAAUGGAGAUGAGCUGCUCCAGGCUGGAGAGAAGUAUAAGAUGAGAGAACGAGACACAUCAGUUGAGAUGAUCAUCUGUGAGGCCGUGCCUGAAGACAGUGGAGUCUACAGAUGUGUCUGUGGAGACCAAAAGACCAAAGCUACAAUCAAAAUUGUUGGUGCUCCUGCAACUUUUAAACAAAAUCUUAAGAACCAAGAAGCUCUGGAAGGGGAAUCUAUAACCUUACACUGUGAGCUCUCCAAAGCUGGAGUACCUGUGGAAUGGUGGAGGGGAGAUAAACCGCUCCUUUCAGGGCCACGGUACCAGAUGAGGCUGAAUGGAAGGACGGCUGAAUUGGAAAUAUCUAAUAUUUUCCCUGAAGAUGCUGGAAUAUACAGCUGUGUGACUGGAGGACAAAAGACCACAGCUGAAGUGAAAGUCAAAGGACUCCCUGCUACCUUUAAAGCAGCUCUAAAGAACCAGGAAGCUCAGGAGGGGAACAGUGUCACUUUGCACUGUGAACUUUCUAAGGCAGGAGUUCAAGUAGAGUGGUGGAAAGGAAAAGAAAUGCUCAAGACUGGAGAAAAAUAUCAAUUGAGACACAAAGAAGCAAAAGCAGAACUGCUAAUAAGGAAGGCACAACCAGAAGACAGUGGAGUUUAUUGCUGUGUAUGCGGAGAUCAAAAGACUGAAGCCACCAUCAAAGUUAAUGCUCUACCCAUCACUUUCAAACAAGAACUUAUGAAUCAAGAGGGUGAAGAAGGGAACAACAUCACCUUGCGCUGUGAACUGUCAAAGGCCAGUGCUGAUGUGGAGUGGUUGAAGGGAGAGGAAGUUCUUAAGCCUGGAGAAAAAUACCAGAUGAGACAGAUUGCAACUAAAAUGGAGCUUGUUAUCAGGAAAGCUGUACCUGAAGACAGUGGAGUCUACUUUUGUGUAUGCCCCGAUCAGACAUCCAAAGCAACGGUUAAAAUCAAUGCUCUCCCAAUCACGUUCAAACAAAACUUGAGAAAUCAAGAAGUGGUGGAGGGCAACACUGUUGUUUUGCGUUGCGAGCUUUCCAAACCGGGCGCUGCGGUGAAAUGGUGGAGGGGUGAAGAGAUGCUGGAAGUAGGAGAAAAGUACCAGAUGAGGACCGAGGGAAGGAUUGCUGAACUACUCAUCAAGAAUGUCAACUCUGAAGAUGUCGGCUCCUACAGCUGCACUAUGGGAAAGGAAAAGACGACAGCAGAAGUCAAAGUCAAGGCUCUACCUGUCACUUUUAAACGAGAACUCCAAAAUGAAGUAACUAAAGAAGGUGGGCAAGCUGUGUUAAGCUGUGAGCUCUCCAAACCUGGCACUCAAGUCGACUGGAGAAAGGGAAGAGUUAUUCUCAAACCCAAUGACAAGUAUGAAAUGAAGCAAGAGGGAACAUUCACCAAAUUGGUCAUACGUAAUGUUGAAGCAAGUGAUGCUGGGAGCUAUUCAUGUAAAACAAAGGAUUCUGAGUCAACUGCUGAGCUAACCGUUAAGGGUAAGGCAUGCAGACUUUUUGCAGAGGCGUCUUGGCACAUUUUGGGCUUUUUUGGCUUGCUGUUAUGAUUUUUUUAUUGCUUCUUGUGCUGUAGUCUUCUGCUUCGCUGUGCUUUGAGGGCCUGCAUGGUUUUGUUGUGAAAUAAUCAGGCAUAUGUUUU